AUGCCUUACAAUGGCCACAUCAAUUCUUCUGCCUCUCUGCCCACCCUCUUCUGGGUCAGUGGCUCUGGAGACAGUGUGCUGAGUAUUGAAGGUGCUGCAGUGCCCGUUCAGGUCCUUGCUCUGAGGAUCAUGGUCACACUGGCCUAUGGACUUGUAGGUAUCAUUGGCUUGCUGGAAAAUUUGGCUGUGCUUUGUCCCUGUUACCCUACACUGUGGGUACCAGGUAACUAUGCUCAGCAUGCGCCUGGACCACCUUCUAAUACCUUUGUCUUCAGCCUGGUUCUAGCAGACCUGGGGCUGGCCCUCACUCUCUCUUUCUGGGCAACUGAGUAAGCACUGGACUCACACUGGCCUUUCGGAAGUGCCCUCUGCAAGGUAAUCCUGACAACCCCUGGCCUCAGCAUCCACGUUAGCACCUUCCUAAUCACAGUGCUGAGUGUUGCCAGAUACUGGGUGCUGGCCAUGGUUGUGAGACCAGGCAGGCACCUGUUUGUCUUCUGGGCAUGUGUGGUCACCCUGGCAGUGUAGGUGGCGGUGGCCCUGGUGACUGUGCCCACAGCAACCUUUGGGGCUGAGGGUGGGUUGAGAGGUGUGCGCCUCUGCCUUCUGCAUUUCCCCAGCAGACACUGGUUGGGGGCAUACCAGCUACAGAGGGUGGUUCUGGCCUUCAUUGUGUCCUUGGGCACCAUCACCAUGCUGUUGCUGGCUUUUCCACAGAGUCCGCAGUGGUGCAGGCCUCCGCGGUGAUGCAGGCCUCCGCAGUGGCAGGACAGCCAAGUGGUAGCCCGCUCUGUUCCUGUCCUGAUGGCUUCCUUCGUCCUCUGCUGGUUUCCCAACCAUGUAGUCACUCUCUGGGGCAUUCUGGUAGAGUUUUACCUGGUGCCCUGGGACAGCACUUUCUACAUCAUCCAUACUUGCGUUUUUCCUGUCAUCACCUGCUUGGCACACAGCAACAGCUGCCUCAACCCUAUGCUAUGUCUCCUCUGGUGCCAGCCUCAGCAAGUUCUGGUCAGUGCCUUCAGGGACCCUUGGUCAAGAGUGUGGCCCCCAAAGCAAGGCCUGUGUGGAAGUGGGAGACGGGUAGCUGGCACAGAGAGUGGACUCUCGACAAGCACAAACACAAAGGGACACCUGGAUGCCACCUGGACAUUCCCGUUCCCUUUUCUGAGAUCUACCGGGGGGCAGAACCCACAGAUUCUGGGGAGAAGCUGCGCUCUUUGCCAGUCUGUAGGGUCCCCUGGGAAAGUCUGA